AAAUUCGUCUGUAACGCUAUUUGUUUCUCAGCUGCCCGCGCUAUUGCAACUGCAGAAACGAUUUAAAAAUAUGGCUAGUUGCCUCAAAGAAAAUUUAACUGGUUACUCAUUUCUCGGAUUACGAGAAGUAGUUCCUGAUCAAACAGGCGUGGAACAAUGGAAGGAACUUUCACUGAAUACGGGCGGAACUCACUUGACGCUUCAAGAUAUUAAGCUACCUGAAGGAUGCAUAUCAGGAGGAUAUUGUUUUACCGAUUCUUCUUCAGUUGUCACACGUAACCGUUUCAUAUGCUGGCAAAUUAAUAAUGAUGUCCUGGAAUUAGUUGAGCACAGCUUAGAUUUAAACCUUCAUGGAAACUGUCUACGCAUUAGAUUUCAAGGAUUAGCGAUCCUAGAGGGAACAUCCAUACAUGAAACUAGAAACAGUGUUGUCAUCUUGGUCUCAACUAUAUCUUCAGUUCAUCGUCUGGUUCUGCCACAUCCAUCAAAACAUAAUGAUCCAUCAGCAUUCAGUUCAACUGGAACCAAUAUAUCUGUCCCCUCUAUUUUCACUGAAGCUUCGCUCCCAUGGUUGAGAGAAUCUUUCAGUCACCAGGUCAUCAAUAGCACCACUACAAAUGUUUCCCUUCCCAGCACAGCAGCAUCCUGUUUAUCCACCAAUGGAAAAGAAGCUUUGUUUGCUUUGGCAAACACUACGUCAAUAUCUCUUAUUCGCAUGGGUCAGACACCCUCUGCUGUGAGUACUUUUAAUUUGCAGCCAUCAUCGAAUUUUUCUCGUUUGCUCUCCGGCUACCUACCAACUGUAUUACGAGGCACUUCAACGCAAGAAAACGAAGAAACCACGACUAGCAUUUGCUUAUUGCCAACCAACGAUGACGUUCUCGUAUUGGCCAUAAGCAAAGGCUUGAAGUUGCGUAUUUGGUCAGCGACAACACAAGAUUGCCGAUUGGAAUUUGACCUGAUUGAGUACCUUGGUGAGAAGUCAGUUAAACAGCUUGGCUCUCUUCACCGCAUUCGAUGGUGCACGGAAGGCGAAAAUUUCACACUGGGAGUCUUCUCUUCCUUUGGCAAAAAGCGAUCCUUUCUACUUAUCAAUCUGCAAACGGGCCCUACACUCAAAUUAAAUUUCCAGUCCUCCAUCGCGGCACAGCACAGUCGUUUGAUUGAUUUUAGCCUUACUUCUGAUCAUCUUUAUGCGUUAUGGAGUACUUCUCAAGGAGAACAUCUGUUGGAAUUUGCCGAAACGACUCGAUUACAGUGGCAACAAAUCGCCUUGGAGCCGGGGAUUGAAUCAGACAUUGAGUACGACGAUACCGUUGUUGAUCCGAAACAAGCCUACAUGCAGGCACUUUUUAAGCCUGGCGCAUUCUCUGUUUCUACAUUGAGCAAAGCUCUACAAGCUUUUGAUCGUUCCGGGGCAAUCAAAAGAAGGAGAAUGGGAGACAUCAAAGAAGAUAUCAUUAUGGCCAUCGAGACGGAGUUGACCGAUCAAUUAGCAGAGGCAGGUGAUCUGACGGAAGAAGACUACCUGCAACUCGCAGCCAAAUGUUGGGCUCAGUUCUAUGCCUAUGUUGUGCAAUACCAUUUGAAACGACCCGUUCCCAUCGGCUUGUUGAUUGAUGAAAACACAGGCUUCCACGCUCUUCUUAAAAAAGGGAUGAUUUCGUUUCUGCGCCCCUUAGAUCUCGUAGAGAGUUUGGUUUUACAGCGAGGCCUUCGUUGGGAUGGGCAUCCACAUAUAGACGUCAUUUCUCCGCUCUUUGGAGGCCAACAAUCAGCUUCUGGCCUUACUGCCCUACUUGAGGUCCUGCUUCUCGUCAGCGAUAAUUUGUUGACAGAACAAAUAAAGCGAUUUGACCAUUCCAUGUUCCAGUUACAAAGCGCUGAUCAAAUUGCUCGGGAAAUAGCUAAUGAACUCCUCGAGAACAAAUCGCUCAACUUACUAAACGCCAUGCACAUCGCAUUGUCAUCCAUCGAUGUUUGCAUGGCUUUGUCUGUCCUCUUGCAACAGCUCAGUGUCGGCAUGAAUGGAGGCAAUUCGAAAUCAAGUGACAUUUUCUUAAGCGGCAAAAGUUCUCUUCGGUUGCUAUUCAAUGGAGCACUUGGAUUAGGCGCAUUAGCCGAAUCGUCCAGACAGAUGGCUGACUUGAGGUUGGGCUUGUGUCGAGAUGUACUGAUCGUGCAGCAAUUACUGAUAUUGACCCAGGAAGAACUCCAACUUAGUUCCGAGGAUGCAGAAACGAUCCGCUCUGAAUUCCUUCCUCGCAGCGUCCCUCUCGCUCACGCUUACUACGCUUUGUCGUGGUUGUGUCACUGUCCUGCCCAAACAGUUUCGAAUUCUCUCGUUGAACAAAAUAUUCGUGCAAUGACUCUGUUAGGAUUUAAAAAAUCGCAAGAGUCAUAUGCGACUUUACCAUGCAAGAGUUUGGUCGAAUUAUUUCUUUCUUCCGAUGGAGGCAGGGCUGUCCGAGAAAUGGUUCUUCAGGAAGAAGAUGCCUCAGAAUGGACAUCGUCUUGGCUGGAAGUUUUCCCCCACUUCAUGAAAGCUAUCGGCCAGUUGCUAUGGCCCAUAGGAAAUCAUGUAACAUUCAUGGAAUUUCUAAUGGAACGAUUCCAGCCCUUGGCCGUACAGGGAUAUGUUCGCUUGCAACAGAGCUGGUGUGAAUGGAAUACUUGCUCCCGUAAAUUCCUCAUGGCCGUCGCCCUGAUGGCUACUGGUGAAGGAGACAAGGCCAGUCGAUGGAUGCUUGAGGCUGCUGAAGGAAUAGUCAAGGAACAACUCCUGCGCUCCGUUGUUUUAAAAAGCGUGGAUGAAAGUGGCGAUUCCAUGAGUCGCUCAGACCCAGUGAUUCGCUUUCACCUCGUCUGCGUCCAGUUGCUAGAGCAAGCUGGGCUGAGCAGUGCCGCACUUCGUGUUGCACUGGUUGCGUUAAACGGUAGCAAAAAGGAAGACCCGCUGUUAGCUACAAUAUGGUCUGUUGUCGCCAAACUUCAUUUGAACUUGGGUCAUUAUCAGGAAGCAUAUGAAGCCAUUGUUAAUAAUCCGGAUAGCAGUCAACGGCCCGAAACACUUGGACGUUUGGUCAAUAUUUUGUUAGAGCGCAAACAGAUGGACACUCUUCUAACCUUUCCUUACGCUGGAUUGGAGUCAGAGUUGGAGAAAAUAGUAGAAAGGCGGGCUCGAUCAUCGGACGUUCUGUCUAUGACGCUUUACUAUUCGUUCCUCUAUGCCUUUCACGUCAGACAGGGUAAAAUGCGCAAAGCUGCUGCUGUGAUGCAUGAACAGGCACUUCGAUAUGGAUGUGAAGGUGAAUCUGCAAAAAUGGUCAAAUGUCUUUUGGCAUGCCUCAACGCCCUGCGUUUAGUCUCGAGGCAGGAAGCUUGGCUGGUGAAACCAGUGACAGCUUCGUCUGUUCGGAAGAAUUCAUCAGAAUCACUCAAGCAUACAGUAGACGUCAUCGAAUAUGCUGAUAUCGAAAAGGAGUAUGAACUUAGCUACGCCUGUAUUAAUCUUGGACAGCCGAUCACAUCGCUAUCCGCCUCUGAUGUAGUAGCUCUUUUGAUUUCACGUAACCGCUAUGAAUCCGCGCUGCGCAUUGCCAAGAUUUUUGACGUAAAAGAUACUUCGCCCGUCGUGGAACACCUUGCUGCCAAUUGCAUGGCGUUAUCGAGAGAACAGGCCAACGAAGAUGAUGCUUGGGUUUGGUUAUCUCUGAAUCAGUCCUCUGGAGUUGGUAAGGCUUCGGAACAGGCCUGGCGAUUACUGGAAAAGAUUAUACCGAAAGCUGAAGGAGGUGAUAAAGAAACACGUUGCCAUCGAGCGGCUGCCCGAAAAAUUCUUGGCUUGGAUUGCACUCUGCCUUAUUGGUUGGCCGCCAGCUACAAGUUGAGGAAUCCCGGUGAACUUAUCAGCCUCUAUCAUCAGGCAGGACUUCUGGAAGAUGCAGCCCAGGUGGCUCUCGAACUGGUGGAUGCUAUGCUAGGCAAAGGUAAGGAAUACUUUGGGUUCACCAGCAAUCCGCUUCAGAUCAACGCUCCUGCUAUCUGGCUGCCCUACACCGUUAUAGAUCGUUUAAUCAUGGAAUUGGAAGCCAAUUCAAACGAUUCUACCUACAAGAUGUUGCUGAAAGACAUGAAGGAUAAAUUGGAGACUUACUUCCAUACCGCUGAACGUGUCAGUCGCUCUAUUCUCGAAUUAUCCGUGUCUUAGCCUGCCUAUUUUACGAAAAUGUGAACUCCGUAUUUUCAUUUUACUGCAUAAUGAAAUAUCGAGAAUACCUUUGAAUCCAAUAAAUUCAUGUGUAUGUGA